AUGGGUAGUCCUGGUGAUCCUGUUCGAGUCACGGAGAUCGUGGGAAUGGAAGAUUGUGGACUCCUCAGCAUGAACACAAUGCUCCCAGAUGAAGAACAAGAUCAGUUAGAUCCUCAGUCUUUCAACAAGUUCAUCGAUGAUCUUGAAUUGGACCUUGCCGACAUUUCAGGAGAUCCGUUGCGAUGUUUCACCACCCGCCCCGCUACAGGGGGCUUUUCUAACUACACAUCUGAUUCUUCCCUGCCCUCGCUUCUGAAUGACUCAGACUCUGAUUACUCAUUGUCCAACUCGAGCUCCCUUUCAGAAUUCAUGGCAUUGUUUCCGGACCCGGAUAUACAGAUGGACGAGUUCCAGGAUCAUAACUCAGGAAAUGUGCUCAUCGAUGAGGUGAAUCAAUCACCUCAACGUGAACUCUUUAUCGCAGAUGAUCACUACCCAGAGAGGUGUCAGGAGAUCUCUGCCGUCACCGACGAUGUCAAGGUUCAAACCGAAAGCGAUAGCAUGGGAUGUUUAGCAUGGUUCGCUGCCAAUACCGCCUCUAUCGAGAAAAUAGAACGGCUAUCAGACGCAUCGAUUCGCGAUUCUGGAACGGAGUACAUGCCGACAUCCGAGUUAGAGCCUCCUCCGAACGCCUUCAUGCAGUUGUCCCUUCCGCAGCUAGAGCCCAUGGUCAUACCGACUUCUGAGCUUCAAAACACGCUGGAAUCUCAAGACACACAGCGAAAUACAUCUCCCCAAUCGGGAGAAGCGCUACGUCUGCGCCAAUGCGGGGUGUCGGUACGCGUCCGCCAGAAAGAACGAUCUGAAGAGACACGGGAUGUCUUGUGGACAGAAGGCCUAGGGCCCACAAUGGGCGGAUGGUAUGGCGCGACGCUCCUGAGACUGUCUACUAUCUCUGACUCGAUCUCAUAA